AUGUUUCUCACUCGUGCCCUCUGGACGGUCUCUUGGAUUUCUUCACUCGUGCUUGCGCAAACGAACGGGAGCAUUCGGAUAUUCGGCGCAAAGACAGCUGAACCCGACAUUGAAAAGCAAACGUGGAAUUGGGGACCAAAUUCCCGAUGCCGCCUGUUGGCGCAUGCAAGUUUGCCCCCCUUCUUCCCUUCACUGGGAGACUGGUUCUCAUUUCGAAAAUAAAGGUAUUGUUGUCAAGCAUGAGGGAAAAGACCUGCUCAUCUUUGAUGGAGGCAUGGCAAAAUUCAAGCACAAUUUGAACGGCGAAAAGAUUGAGGUUCUGGAAUUGAGUGAGUUUCAUUUUUCCCCGGCCGUGAUUUUCCAAAAGCUCACAUGGAGAAAGAUCCUCGAACGGUUAUCAUUGAUCUUAGUGAACCCUUCACCUCCCGUGAUUUCAUUCCAAGAUCCGAAUUUAAGAAGCCAUUGGGAGUUCCAGUGGUAAACUGUUUUAGUCUCUGGAAAGGUUCAAAUCAGGAUUGGAUUUUUAUGCAGGGUGGACACUUCUAUGAUGCUGAAGAUUGGCGAAAUUCAUCUUACUGGCUCGAAAAGAAGGAUAUCCCCCUGUAUACCAUCUGGAAGUAUGACCUCAAAACUUUCACAUGGACAGAAAAUCGCCUCCCGACCAAUGAUAGCGAAAGCAGGUUCAAACGCGCAUUUGGUGGUGCGGCCGUUUCCGUUCCAUGGACGGACAAGAGUUACUAUAUUGGGUUUGUCACUUGCCUGCUUCUCAGAAAGUCAACUGAUUUGAGGUGAAGAGGAAUCUGGACUCCACGUGCAUCAAGGGACUCCAUGAAUGCAUCAGCAAUUCCACAGUCUGGGAUGCUUGUCUUCGACCAUAAAACGAACACACUGACAAAUGAGUCAUUUGGUGAGCCAGGAAUGGCCUACUGGCAUGGAUCAGUAAACCAUCUUAAAAUUGGGAAACCUGAGUCGGCUGGAUUUUUGAUCGCCCUCAUGGCUGAGACAGCCCCCGGUGGAGUUCCAAUCGAGGACAAGCCCGGUGUCAAUGAUGAACAUGGCUCCAGUGUAGGUUCUCUGUUCUCCUGAAAUUGGCUGAUUCCUUUUCUGAAAAAAAAAAAAAAAUCCUCCCAGCUUUCGUUCGAAUAUAUCAUGCUCUAUGAUCUUGAUCAUAAAAAGUGGAUAAAUCAAUCCACCACCUUUUACAAUGGGGAAGUUCCUGUUGCCAGAACAAGAUUCUGUGGGCAAACGGUCUACAGCGAUGAGACCAAAACCUGGGAGUAUGCCCCCCGUCCCUAAUCCUCAGGGCUAUCACCUAAUCUAACCUUUGAAAAUCAUCCAGACUUUGGGUCCAUGGUGGGAUGUUAAUGAACCCGCUUGGAGAAGCUGCUCCGGACGCCUGGGUUUUGACUAUGCCAAGUUUUAUGUUCGCUUCCUUUCCCCGAUUGAGCGUUGUUUCAAAGCUAAUUUCUGACGACACUGCAGAUGGGCCCGGGUUGAGAUUCCUGACAGUUUGGUCAGAAUGCGCUCUCACAGUUGCAAUGCGGUUGGCAGCCAGUUAUUGAUAAUUGGUGGUUAUCCAUCAUCUGCGAAAGUGGAGAAAGACGCACCCUGCGAUUCCGAAAUCAUUAAAGUGCUUGAUAUGAACCAAAUGACUGUCAGUAGAUUCCACCAUGAAUUCAAUUGGAAACAAUCAUAAUAACAUCAUGGUCAGUGGAGUUCACACUACACCCCUGGAACAGUUUACAGAACGCCAGAGCUCGUGCGAAAGAAAGCAGAAUUCCAUCUUAAACGUGUGGAUCCACACAGCGGUUGGGCGGACGAUAGGCUUCGUGAUGCAUUUCAUAUCAGUAUUGGGGGCUCGACCCCACCAAUAUUGUCAAGGGGAGAAAUAGCUGGAAUAGUGGUCUCUGGUGUCAUUGUCUUGAUACUUCUGGCACUCUGCAUAUGUUCCUUCAUCGGCAAGCCACUU